CAAAAAAACUUAACAAAAAUGGUAUUCUACAGUUAAAAAUUUUAAGUGCCAACCAAAAACUCCAAACGAAAAUACAUAAAAAUAAAGAACUAAUUAACCGGUGAGCAUAUAAUGGACAUACAAUCUAUCGAAUGUAUGUCCAUAAAUACAAUAAAAUAAUAAGUAUAGAAAAAGAUAGGAGGACAAGGCGGUAUAAGUAACGUCCGUCUAAUAUACAAACAGCAAGUAUUAUAAAACAACAACUAAAGCAUUGCAAACUAUCAACUAAAAAACGGAUCAAUAAUUUAUUAUGUACCCUUAGUUGAGUUUGAUCCAAAUAUAGGUAUGAUUGAGAAUUGUGGAGAUAUCCCACUUCCAGAGAGAAUAUCGGAAACUUUAUGUGAGAUAAGGAGAAGUUUAAAUAAUAAAAUUACACCUAAAUUAACUGAUUCUGGGAUUUCGGGAAGUUAUUUUUUGGAAAGUGUCGAAAGAAAUAAAAUCGCUAUUUUUAAGCCUUUAGAUGAGGAACCUUAUGCGCCUAAUAAUCCUAAAGGAUAUAUUGGAAAGUUGGGACAAAAAGGAAUCAGAGAAGGCAUUUUAUCAGGCGAGUAGUGCUAUAGAGAAGUUAUAGCUUAUUUAUUAGAUAUAUAAGGCUUUCAUGGAGUCCCCGAGACUACUUUUGUUGAGUUUUAUCAUCCUUCGUUUAGAAAUAAUGCAGAUAUAAUACAAAUCGAUAAUCAAGAUAAAGAAAAAAGACUUUCUGUAAUUGAAAAAAAAUAAUAUAUGAUGGAAAGAAGGAGUACAAUAUUAACUUAUUAAUAAUAAACUGAAUAAUUUAAUAAUAAUAUCAAAAGAGGAAGUCUAUAAGUAUUUGUAAAACAUGAUGAUGAAUGCGGAAAUUACGGAAAUUCAGUCUUUUCGACUGAUGAAGUUCAUAAAAUAGCAAUUUUAGAUAUUCGAAUAUUAAAUUGUGAUAGAAAUGAUUAAAAUAUUUUAGUUAAGAAAAAAAAAAAAAAAUGUGAAUUAAAUAGCGAAUAAUUAAAGAAUCUACCAAAAUAUAAAUAAGUAUUAUUUGAAUAUGACUUUAAACUAAUUCCUAUAGAUCAUGGACUUUCCCUUCCUAAUAAUUUGAAAAUAUUUUCGGAAGAUUUAAACUGGAUGUGGUGGGAUUAAGCCGAGGAAAAGCUUUCUGAAAAAUCAAAAUAAUAUGUGAAGAAUAUUGAUAUCAAAUCUGAUAUGAAAACUCUAAAAAUUGCAAAUAUAGUCCUUAAAAAGGGCGUUGAAGCCGACCUUACAUUAAAAGAAAUAGGAAAAAUAUUAUAUCGAGAUGAUGUUUCUGAAGAAUCUUAAAUUGAGAAAAUUAUUUAAAGGGCUCAGUAGUGUUUAAAAGCUUGUAUUGAAAUUGGAAAUGAAGAAAUUAUAAGAAAAAAACUUAUUAAAUAUAUUUUUUAACAAAAUAAUAAUAUAGAAAAUAAUUCUAACACUGACUUUAUAGCUCUUCAAACUUACAUAGAAUAACUUUAAAUCGAAAAAGAUAAAAAGCGUAAAAACAUAGGAAAAUAUAGAGAUAGAAUCAGAUCUGAAAAAUAUAAUUAGUUCGGAUGA